GUCAACAAGGCGCAUUAAUCCCCAUCCUCUCAUUCUUCUUUUCUCUCAUGGAUUUGAUAUUUCCCACCUUCUCAAUCCUUCUCACCUCUCUUCUCUUUCUCUUAAUGGUUCUGAAAAUAGGGACGAGAUACAAAACCGUUGACAAAACUUUGCAUUUGCCUCCAGGGCCCUCAAGAUUACCUCUCAUCGGAAACUUGCACCAGCUCGGAGGCUCUCUACCCCAUCACAGAUUAAGAGACUUGGCCAAGAAAUAUGGACCAUUUAUGCACCUACAGCUCGGGGAAGUUUCCACGGUGGUUGUUUCAUCGCCGGAGUAUGCCAGAGAAGUUAUGAAAACCCAUGAUAUAAACUUUGCAUCAAGGCCUCAAAUGCUGGCAGCAAAUAUCAUGUCUUAUGAUUCUACUGAUAUAAUCUUUGCACCAUAUGGUGAUUCUUGGAGACAAUUGCGAAAAAUUUGCAUGUUGGAGCUUUUCAGCGCGAAAAGAGUCCUGUCUUUCCGAUCAAUUAGAGAGGAAGAGGUGGCCUGUCUCAUUGAUUGGAUUGCUUCAAAAGCGGGAUCACCAAUCGACCUUACAGAGAAAAUUAUCUCACUGAUUUAUAGUAUCACUUCCAGGGCAGCCUUUGGCAGCAAAUCCGAAGAUCAGGAAUUAUUUAUAUCAGUGAUGGAAGAAUUUGUAAAAGUGUCGGCAGGUUUUAAUAUUUCAGAUCUAUUUCCUUCCAUUAAUUUUCUCCAAUGGAUCACUGGAAUCAAGUCUCAGGUAGAGAAGCUGCAUCAAGAAGCUGAUAGAAUAGUUGAAAAAAUUAUAAAUGACCACAAGAAGAGACGGCAAACGUUAAACAUCGACAAGAGUGGGGAAACUGAAGAUCUGGUUGAUGUCCUCUUGAAAGUUCAACAGCAUGGUGAUCUUGAAUUUCCCUUAACUAUGGACAACAUUAAAGCAGUGGUCUCGGACAUUUUUGGUGCUGGUGGAGAGACAGCUGCUACUACUAUAGAUUGGGCAAUGUGUGAAAUGAUGAAAAAUACAAGAGUGCUGGAGAAGGCACAAGCUGAGGUGAGGGAAGUCUUCAAUAGAAAAGGCAAGAUCGAUGAAACAAGCAUCGCCGAAAUGAAAUUCUUGCAGCUAGUAGUAAAAGAGACUUUGAGACUACAUCCUCCGGGGCCUUUGUUAAUUCCAAGAGAAUGUAGAGAGAAAUGUAUGAUUAAUGGAUUCGACAUACCCAUCAAAACUAGAGUCAUUGUUAACGCAUGGGCGAUAGGAAGAGAUCCAGAAUAUUGGAGUGAACCAGAGAUCUUCAAUCCAGAGAGGUUCCUUAACCAUUCUGUGGACUACAAGGGGACCAGUUUUGAGUACAUUCCAUUUGGUGCCGGUCGGAGAAUAUGCCCAGGAAUGUCAUUUGGUUUAGCUAAUGUUGAACUUCCUCUCGCGAUGUUUCUGUACCAUUUUGAUUGGAAACUUCCCAGUGGGAUGAAGAAUGACGAUUUGGACAUGACAGAGACCUUUGGUUUAACAGUUGGAAGAAAAGAAAACCUGCAAAUUAUUCCCAUUCCUUAUCAUCCUCUACCUUCUUCAUAAGAACAAAAAAAAGUAUAACAGUUAGAUAUAUAUAUAUUUCACACUCUUCAUCACAUCUUCAUGCAAAACAUCCCCCACAACAUCACUACAUUCAUCAAAAACUAUGCUUUCUUUGGCCCCCAAGGCCUUUUUCACCUCUUCAAUUUGUAAAAGCGUUGUCACCAAACUUGUUUGAUAAGGAAUCUGCUUAGUGUAA